AUGUAUAACGGAUCACAGACAAGUCAAGCGAAUGCGUCAUCCAGGUCUGACGAAAUAGAAGAGACGCCAAACGUUUUACGACGUUCUUUGCAGCAGCAACAAGUCAGACCUUCAUCGUUUGCAGGAUUUGCCCAAGAAGCUACAGUCAUGUCUCGACAAGAGCGUUCUAUGUCUUCAUCGGAGCCACUCUCGCCUGAUCUCAUCGCAUUUCUGCGCGAGUCUAUGGAGAAAGAUCUCAAGUUUGACCCUCCAUACGUGUUCGUUGUCUUCGGUGCAUCAGGAGAUCUCGCCAAGAAGAAGAUCUAUCCAACUCUAUGGUGGCUGUACCGCGACUCUCUUCUCCCAAACAAUAUCACUAUUGUUGGCUACGCUCGAUCAGAUCUCACAAUGGAGAAAGUGAGAGAAACAUUUGAGAAGGCUUGCAAGGUGCGACUGAAUGAGCGUGAAAAGUUCGAGGAAUUCAUUGGCAAAUGCGCCUAUAUGCAAGGAGGAUACGACAAACCGGAAGGGUUCAAACAGUUAGGCGCAUUUGUGGAUGAGAUACAAAAGAAGAGCAACAAUCAGCCGGUAAAUCGUCUUUACUAUCUCGCAGUUCCCCCCACUGUGUUUGAGCCCAUUACGGCUGAGCUGAAAGAGCACUGUAUGGAUCAUGGAGAUUCGUGGACUCGUGUGAUUAUCGAAAAACCAUUUGGUCAUGACCUGGAAUCAUCUACGAAGCUAUCCAAACAUGUUUCAAAACUUUUUAAAGAGGAUCAAGUGUACAGGAUAGAUCAUUACCUUGGUAAAGAAAUGGUCCAAAAUCUAAUGGUGUUAAGAUUUGGCAACCGAUUUUUUGGAGCAUCGUGGAACAGAGAUAAUAUCGCAUCAGUAACCAUUUCAUUCAAAGAAAAUUUUGGCACAGGAGGAAGAGCUGGUUAUUUUGAGAAAGCCGGAAUAAUAAGAGAUGUAAUGCAAAACCAUCUUAUGCAGAUGUUCACUCUCGUUGCCAUGGAAAAGCCUGCCAGUUUGAAUGCCGAAGAUAUCAGAGAUGAAAAGGUGAAAGUCUUGAAAGCAGUCAAACCGAUCGAAUUGAGUGACAUGGUGCUUGGUCAGUAUGUGGCCGAUUCCGAGAGUGAUCAUCCUGAGGCUUCCACUGGAUACAAGGAUGAUGAGUCUGUCCCGGACGAUUCCAUUACCCCAACGUACGCCUUGGCUGUACUUCAUGUGCAGAACGAACGUUGGGAAGGAGUUCCUUUCUUUUUACGCUGUGGAAAAGGUUUGAAUGAGACUAAAACGGAGGUUCGUGUACAGUUCAAAGAAGUGAGUGGCGACAUAUACCCUCCCGGUGUUUUGAAGAGAAGUGAACUUGUAAUGCGCGUCCAACCCAACGAAGCUGUCUACCUCAAACUUAUGACAAAGAAGCCUGGCAUGGGUUUUGAUGUUGAAGAAUCAGAACUCGACCUUACUUAUAAUGCGCGUUAUAAGAAUAUUCGCCUGCCUGAUGCCUACGAACGUCUGUUUUUGGAGGUUUUCAUGGGAUCUCAAAUAGAUUUUGUCCGAACUGAUGAACUUGAAUACGCUUGGAGUAUAUUCACUCCUGCAUUGAAGGAGAUAGAAGAAAAACGUGUUAAGCCGAUCGAAUACAAGUUCGGAAGCCGCGGUCCGAAAGAGGCGGACGAAUUGAUGCAGUCUUAUGGAUACGUCUUUACCGGAACUUACAAAUGGGUAGCGCCGAAUAAGCUGUGAUUCGCGUGUAAUUGCAUAGCUGUGUAACAAUAAGUCCAUUUCAUAGUUUUAGCACCAGUUUGAUGAUUUCGUACAGCAAAGGCUACACGACCACUCAUCAUCUCAUUUAUGAUUUCUAAUUCUUCAUGGAGCUUACACUUUUAUAUUCUGAUGACCCUCGUAAUAAUAAGAAUAUAUAGAUGAAAAUUGGUUUGAAGCAGAAAUUUUCUUGUAAUAAUGUAAAGUUUUUAUGGAGGAAAUAAACUACUGAUUCUGUC